UCAACAAGCACAUCCACCACCCCCGCCUCGCCAUGCUCCGCACCCCCCGUGUCCUCUCCACCGCCGCGCGCGCGUCCACCUCGGCCGCCGCCGCCGCCUCGCGCAAGGCCGCCGUCCGCGGCUUUGCCUCGCGCGUCGUCGUGCCAAAGCAGGCCUCGCGCCUCACCGCCGCGCCCACGCUCCUUGCCCGCUCGUCGUUCCACUCGUCGUCCCUCGUCCGCGCAGAUGCCCAGGUGGUCAAGGUCCCCCAGAUGGCCGAGUCCAUCACUGAGGGCACCUUGAAACAGUGGAACAAGCAGGUCGGCGACACUGUCCAGGCCGACGAGGAGGUUGCCACGAUCGAGACUGACAAGAUCGACGUCUCGGUCAACGCCCCCGUCUCGGGCACUAUCGUCGAGCUCCUCGCCGCCGAGGAGGACACUGUCGCCGUCGGCCAGGACCUCUUCAAGCUCGAGCCCGGAGAGGUCGCCGCUGAGGCUCCCAAGGCCGCCGAGCCUGCCGCCGAGGCCCCUGCCGCUGCCGCCCCCGCCGCCGCUGCUGCCCCCGCUGCCGCCGCCCCUGCCGCUGCUGCUCCUGCCGCCGCGCCCGCUGCCCCCAAGCCUGCCGCCAAGAAGGAGGAGGCCCCCGCCGCCGCCAAGCCCGCUGCCGGCAGCCGCAACGUCACCCGCGUCAAGAUGAACCGCAUGCGCCAGACCAUCGCUACCCGCCUCAAGGCCUCGCAGAACACUGCCGCCUCGCUCACCACCUUCAACGAGAUUGACAUGUCGUCGAUCAUGGAGUUCCGCAAGCUCUACAAGGAGGGUGUCCUCAAGGCCGACGGCGUCAAGCUCGGCUUCAUGAGCGCCUUUGCCCGCGCUUCGGUCCUCGCCCUCCGCGAAAUCCCCGAGGCCAACGCCUCGAUCGAGGACGACCACAUUGUCUACCACGACUACGUCGACCUCUCGGUCGCCGUUGCCACCCCCAAGGGCCUCGUUACCCCCGUUGUCCGCAACGCCGAGGAGCUUGGUCUCAUUGACAUUGAGCGUGAGAUUGCCAACCUCGGUGCCAAGGCCCGUGACGGCAAGCUCUCGAUUGAGGACAUGGCCGGCGGUACCUUCACCAUCUCGAACGGCGGUGUCUUUGGUUCGCUCUACGGUACUCCCAUCAUCAACAUGCCCCAGGCCGCCGUCCUCGGCAUGCACUCGAUCAAGGAGAAGCCGGUCGUUGUCAACGGCCAGAUUGUCAUCCGCCCCAUCAUGGUCGUCGCCCUCACCUACGACCACCGUCUCCUCGACGGACGGGAAGCAGUCACCUUCCUUGUCCGCAUCAAGGAGUACCUCGAGGACCCCCGCCGCAUGCUCCUCCCCUCGCCUGUCUAAGCGGCGGCGUGUAGGAAAAACCAACGAGUAGUAUCAUGACAGACGGCAGUGAAUGAUGCAUAGUGCAUAAUUCAAA